AUGUCUCUCACCGCUAGAGAACGCCGCAACCCUCCCAGUCGGCGGAAGUCAUGCACUGCUUGCACCAAGGCCAAGCGGCGUUGUGACUUUGCUCUACCAGCGUGCCUCCGAUGUUCACAGAGAAAUAUCUCCUGUCAAUAUCCUGCUCGCGCUUUGCAAGGAUACCUGACUCCUCAAUCCGAAUCGCCAGAGACUGUACCCACUGGCCUGCUUACCAAUGAUGGCUCGUCCCCUGAAAGAUCAGAAACCAUUUCCAUUAGUGGAUCGAUGAUUGAAGACUUCAACGCUGUUAUCUCGAGCAUUGAUGCUAGCUCGAAUGACCUAGGAACCUUUGAUAUCCCGCUAGAGGAUGUAUCACUGGACCUUGUUCAACAACCGUACUCAUUGACCGCGCCCUCGACGCAGGAGUUUGGGAAUAUCCCAGCUAUCGUUCUAAACCGCCUUCAGUGGGCAGUUGAUGAGAUCAAAGAGGCCCCCAAGAAGAUGGUCCUUGAGAAUCAAACACCUUGGUGUCAUCCGUUGCUCUAUAAAGAUGGGAUGCCUCGAUCUAUGCAAGAUGCUCAUGCUUCUUGUGCGCUGUAUAUGGCAAAGAAUCGCGUCAACUCGCCCAUCAUAUUUCGUAGUAUAGAAUCUCGGGUCAACGAUCUCCUGUCGGCACCGCCGCCUAUAACGUCUAUGGAUUGUUUGGCUCACACUCAAGCUCUUAUCCUUUACCAAAUCAUUCUAUUAUACGAUGGCGAUAUUGGCGCUCGUGCAUCAGCAGAGCGUAUAAUUCCAUUCAUCGAAUCUUCUGCAAUAUCGCUCUUCUCCCAUGCCCAGUUUGACAUCAACGAAAAAGCCGGUGCGCUGCCUCUAUUUCCCAUAGCCCCUACAAAGACCUUUUGGCAGGACUGGAUUCUCCAAGAGUCUUUGCGUCGCACCCUCCUGUUUUCUUUCUACUUUGUACAGACCUAUCGCAUUAUGGUCGGCUGCAAGAUCCUGCAAUGUGAUGGGAGACUUGGACUAUGUCACUCUUGGACAUUAUCAGCGCACUUGUGGAAUGCCAUGACCCCGUUGAGCUUCGCUGGGGCCUGGAAGGAGAAGAAUCACUAUGUAGUAACGAACGCUAUAUUUGAUGAUGUACUUGAUGAAGCAAGAGCGGACGACAUAGAUAUUUUUGGAAAGAUCAUGAUCUCAAGCUUGUUGGGACGAGACGAGGCAGAUGGGUGGUUCGCAAGUAAGGGCGGAAAGUUAUAA